AUGGCCAAGGGCAAGCGGAAGCGAGACAAGGCGGAGCAGGUCGAGAAGAAGACUUCAAAGCGACACCGAUCAAAGUCCAAGCUCCGCGCAAGCGAUGCCGAGGCUGCGCUUUCAGCCAAAACCGAGAUAGAUGACACUGGCGUGGCCCUGGUGAAGACAGAGAUUGAGGAAGAGAGCGAUGCGGAGGAGCAGGCUCUCGUACCUGCGACAGCUCUGGCCGCAGGAUGGAAGAUUUCGGAACCUAUGGGCGGUCGUCUGGCUGAUAUAGAGCCUAUUUUCAGUCAGGAUGAGAAAUACAUCAUUCUCGCAUACGAAACCUCGAUCCAGGUCUACUCCACCGAAGAUUCACUCCUCGUCCGCAGGAUACCGAUCGCAAAGCCGCUACGGAAGCGCAGCAAAUCUCAUUUCAAGUCCAGCAGCGCUCCACGAGUCUUGGCCGCUGUUCCCUCGUUGACCGAGCCCCAGGUGGUGUGGGUAGCCGACGACUGGCAGGUCAUUUGGAAAGUCAACUGGGAGACGGGCGAGGCAGCAGUUCACACCAAAUCUGGAUUCAAGGUGUCGGCAAUGCAAGCUAUCAAUCCUGCUGGUACCAAAGGCCAGGAGCUUCUCCUCACCUCCGAGAACUCUGCCAAGGGAACCUCGCAGCUCGUGGCGUAUGCCACUGCCUCAGGACGAGCUGAUCGUUACGAGCUGAAUAGCUGCCCUGGAGACAUUCACAUGCUAAGGGCCACGGCUGAUGGUUGCACUGUUGUCGGCGCUAUGGACGCCAGAUUGCUGAUUGCGAAGCUGAGACUGGACAAGGACUCGACCGAUGCGCUUGUCGUGUCAAGCGAGACCUACGUCCUUGACGCCCCUGAUGACGUGUGUUCUCUUGACGUAAGAUUGGCUUCGAGGAAGACAACUUCCACACCCAAGAAGUCAAAGUUGAAACAAAACUCUGGAGUAGCCGAGGCUAGCCUGGUUUUAGAUUUUGUGAUUGGAACCGUGAGGGGUUCGAUAUACGUUUAUAACGACGUUCUUUCUCCCCUCCAAAAGUCUGGCUCUAUCGAGCGGAUCCAGCCCAGGCAAUAUCAUUGGCAUCCCCGGGCUGUGCACAGCGUCAAGUGGUCUCACGAUGGCGAGUACUUUGUUUCUGGAGGAACUGAGAAUACCUUGGUUCUGUGGCAGGUUGAUACAGGAAGGAGAGAGUAUCUCCCCCAUUUGUCAGGCUGCGUCAACAACAUUAUUGUUUCACCUCUGGGCUCUUCGUACGCCGUUACUCUUGACGACAAUUCUGCCAUGGUUCUUUCCACAUCUGAAAUGACGCCCACGACGUACAUCUCAGGUCUCCAGUCUUUAGUCUUGAGUGACAAGAAGAAGAGAGACAAGGCUGUUCGACGGGUUUGGAAGCCAGUUGAGCAGAUUACCAGACCGCUCACUGCUGCCAUCAACCCCAGGGAGCCCACACGGCUUUACUUGAGCGUCGGCAACGGCCAGGCUGCUAUGAGCACCGAUUCUACCCCGUCAGCUGCUUCAGUACAAGUUUUUGAUUUCUCCACUUUCCAGAGCUUAUCCAAGCAACCUUUGGCUCGUACAAAUCCCACCGAAAACAACCUUACGCCGAAAGGCUACCCUGUUACCGAGCCUUGGAUUUCGCACAUGUCCUUCUCACAUCAAGGAGACUGGCUCGCAUCCGUCGAUGAAUGGCAGCCACCAGUCCGCGAUCUGGAACCGAUUGCCGAGGACAAACAUGCAGCCGAGUCACUCAGCCAGGAGAGGAAGGAGAUCCACCUCAAGUUCUGGAAGGUCGGCGCGGAAGGCAUUGGUCAGAUGGAGCUGAUAUCACGUAUUGAUGAGGCGCAUUUCACCACAAGGCCUGAGUCGAUCUUGAGCUUGGCAGCCAGCCCUAGGGCAUCUUUAUUCAGCACAGUGGGCGCAGAUGGCAAAGUCAGGUUGUGGGGGCCAUUUUCGCAGCAAUCUAGCAAAACGCCUGCGAAUGCUCUAGUGGCCAAGGGCCAGGGAGUUCACGCCGCAACUGAGACGGUGGAGGGCUGGUCUUGUGUCCAGGAAAUUCCUUUGGCCUCCAACACCAGCAUCACAGAGAUUGAGGUUGACUCCGCUGAUGAGCCACUGAACGCUAAGCCAUCAGGUGCCUCGACUUUCUCCGACGACGGCUCGACAUUAUUCGUUGCAUAUGGUCUUCCUGACGAGGUGGUGCUGUAUAUCAUUGACGCAUCUUCUGGUCGGAUACGCAACAGAGUAAACCAGCUCGUUGAAGGCGAGGUUCGUAGCUUGCAAAUACUCGGAUCGUGUCUGAUCAUAUUAGCCGGUAGCGUCGUUGUCUACGAUGUUGUUGAGGAUACGAUUCGGUACAACGUCACAUUUGACGACCCUCACCCGAGCCUGAAGCUGCAGAUGACACAAUUGGCAGUUGACAAAAGGUCAAAGACAUUUGCGCUCGCCGUGCCCGUAUUCUACAAGGCAGAAAAGCCCAGUUACAAGAAGGGUGUUGUGUCUGAGGUCGCAGUUUUCACACUUGAAGACGACCGACCAGUCCUUGUGCAGGCCAUACCAAACCUCGUCAUCUCGUUGCUCCCUGUUCCCGGCUCUGCUGGAUUCGUCGCAAUUGAUUCCGCCGCACAUGUGCUCGCGGUUAUUCAAGCCACGGCAAUUAACCCGCUCGCGGCGCCGUUAUCAGACCUGCAACUGGAUAAAGUGGCAGAUCAUGACGACCAAGACGCAAUGGAAGUUGACGAUGAGGAUGAAUCCAAUGGCAACAAACUGCUGUUGCAACUCAACGGAAACAGCGACGCAAUGGACGAAGAUAAUGACGCGGACGAGAUGGAAGAUAUGGAGACGUACAACGCAAUAUUGGUGCCCGAGAAGCUGACGCAGAUCUUUGAUGGCGCCCCUGCAUUUGCGCUGCCGCCGAUCGAGGAUCUCUUCUACCAAGUCUCGGAGCUGAUCUCACCCAAAGCGGUUCCUAGUUCUGCUUGA